AUGUCUCUAUUUAAAUGGAAAGAUCUUUUACAACUCAAUUCUGCUGACCAAGCUUAUUUAUCACCAUUAUCAUGCCUGGGACACAUUGAUGCUAAUGCAUUUUUCGCUCAAGUAGAACAAGUUCGAUGUGGUCUAACAAUCGAUGAUCCUGUGGUUUGUGUUCAAUGGAGCUCUAUCAUUGCAGUUUCUUAUGCGGCAAGAAAGCAUGGUAUCUCGAGAAUGGAUAGUAUCCAAGAUGCGAUGAAGAAAUGUAAAACUUUAAAACCGAUUCAUACUGCUGUAUUUAAGAAAGGUGAGAAUUUUUGGCAGUAUCAUGAUGGAUGUGGUUCUUGGGUACGCGAUAAAUCAAAACAAUUGCCUGCUGAAGAAUAUAAAGUUGCCUUGGAACCGUAUCGUAGAGAAGGUAGGAAAAUUCUAAGAGUAUUUAAAGAGUUUGUUGAUUUAGUAGAAAAAGCAAGUGUUGAUGAAGUUUUUUUAGACUUUGGUAGGCUAUGCUUUCAGAAAUUAUUAUUUGAUCCAACACUUUUUGCAAACGGAGUUUCAUCACUCGAAGGAGAGCAUAAAAAAAAUAUCCAAGAAAUGUUUGUUGAUGGUGAAUAUGACUUAAAUGAUUAUUUACCGGAAGUUCCAGAACACUUAAAGAAUAUAUCAUUUGAUGGACUAGUUUAUGGGAUUGAUGAGGAAUCAACUGAACCUUUAAUUAAAGAUUGGGAUGAUGUAAUUUUUGCUCUUGCCUCAAACAUAUCACAACAAAUUAGAGAUUAUAUUAAGGAAAAUGUUGGCUAUACAACAUCAUGUGGUAUCGCACGUACCAAGAGUGUUUGUAAAUUGGGAUCUAAUUUUAAAAAACCAGAUGCACAAACAAUUAUUUUAAACAGAAAGCUUGAAAAUUUCUUGGAUAACGGUAAUUUCGAAAUUACAAGCUUUUGGACUUUAGGUGGAAAACUUGGAAAGGAAUUGGUAGAGAUAUUAAACUUACCUGAAUCUGGUAGUCUUAAAUACAUCAGAAACAUGUGGCCUAACUCAUUCAAAGAAUUGCAAGAUAAACUUGAUGAAAGCUUAAAAGAUACCAUGGAAUCUAAUAUUUUGACAAGUAUUGAUGAAUCCAAGACCGAUAUUUUGGCUAGAAAAAUAUUUGAAAUAGCGAGAGGCAUAUAUUGUAAUCCAGUAAAUGCAAAACUAUUGGUAAAGUCUAUGAUGUCUAAUAAAAACUUAAGGGCAGAUUCCUGCUCUAGUUUAAUUGAUGCUAUUUCCUGGCUAGAAGUAUUUUCAGGGGAGCUUAAUUUUAGGAUACAAGAAUUAGAGGAGGAAUAUGGGAAAAUACUAGUCCCCAAAACAAUAUCUAUAAUUCUGCGUAGCGAAAUAUUUGAACAACAUACCAAGGCAUCCCAUUUUGUCUCAAGAGGUAAAUCAGUCACUAGCACAGAUAUAUUGAGAGGGGGCACAAAAUUAAUGACUGAAUUAGAUAAACGAGGGAAAUCCUGUGAAUCAUUUUAUCCCCUUAAAUCAUUAAGUUUAGUUAUAUCUAAUUUUGAAAUUAUUGAUGCGAAGAAAUCUAUCAUGAAUAUGUUUGAGACACAGCCGAAGGGGAUAGAUAUACCAUUAAAAUCAUCUGCCAUAAUCACCUCUGUAAAUACAAAACAUACAGAUAAAACUCUAUCUAGAGCACCGAAAAUUCAAAAUCAAGAUAUUAGUGGAAAGAUUAAGAUAUACAACGUAGUACAAGGCGAGGUACAGCCUACAUUGUUAAAAUGCAAUUUUUGCGAUAAGUGCUUUAAGAUUGAGAAGGAAUUCCAAGAGCAUAAUGAUUUUCAUGUAGCUGAGAGACUAUCUGAAGGCUUAAAUGGAGUAUCAGCUAAUUCCAAAUAUUUAUCUCUUGGAGAAAAGAGGCUACUAAUGAAUAAAAGAAACAGUACUUAUUCAGUUACAAAGCCAUCACAAGGAAAAAAGAGCUUGGUCCCUAAGAAGAAAAGUAACUCAACUGGCAAUAUUUUUAAAUACUUUUCCAAGUAA